GUUAAAUCAGUCAAAUCGCGACCGCGGCGGGCGCCGGACGUGUUGGCCCGAGUUCGUCGGUGUACACGCGAACGACGAAUUGUGGAAACUGUUUUCGUUAUUAUCAUUUGCAUACGUGAAGUGAAACUUGUUUUCAAUUUCAUACCCAUGCGAUGUGAUUAUGACUCUAUGCAUAUUAUUAAUGGAUUAAUUAACUUUGACGGAUGUGAAGAUUUAAUUUAAUUUACUAGGUAUUUCCAGUGCGACUUAUGUUAUUUGGAUUGUGAAUUAUAAUUGUGAUGCGUGCACGCGUGUGAAAUGAUGGCGCGGAGGAGGGUCUUGCUCCUCUUGCUUUGGGUGGUCGCCGCAGCCGACGCGGACAGUAAACAUGAAACAAAUACAACUGAAUCAGACCAUACAACGACAAUUCCAACACCGCCCAUACCUCUUCGUCCUGAAUAUGCCCAUCCCGCCGGAGUAGAAGCACUAGAUCCAUAUAAUUCAGAAAAGAAUCGACCUCCACCUCAUCAUAGAGAUUAUUUAGAAGAAGAUUACGAUCAUGAAUCACACAAAGAAGACGAUCAUGACAAUAGAGACGAUGCUGAUGAGCUACCGUCUUUGUCCGGAGAUCAUUUGUUGCAAAGUUCCACAGAUGACCUUCCAAUGUUCUUGCAAGAACCUCAACAUGGUUUUGUAGUUAGAAAUAAGCCAACUACACUAAGAUGUCAAGCCGCUAAUGCUCUCCAAGUUUAUUUCAAAUGCAAUGAUAUGAAAUCAGAUGCUAGUACGCAAUUCGAAUUUGUUGAUCCACAAAGUGGCGUAAGGAUUGUGGAGGCGGAAUAUAAUGUCACAAGAGAUCAAUUGGAAGACUAUUUCGGUGAUAGAUUUGCGUGUACAUGUUUUGCUUGGAGUAGCAGAGGAAACAUUAGAAGUCAACCGGCUAUCCUCGAAUUGGCAUAUCUCAAGAAGCAGUUUUCGGCAUCGCCUUCCUCUAUUUCUGUGGAAGUAGGAUCACCAGCAUCACUUCGCUGCACACCACCUGCUGCGGCACCAGCGCCACGUAUAUCCUGGCUGAAGCAAGGAGCUCCGUUGCAACAGGAUCACAAUGUAUUGAUAUCGCCAGAAGGAAACUUACUGAUAUCACGGGCUAGUCUGCAAGAUAUGGCAAACUACAGCUGCGUCGCUGAGAAUAUUGCUGGGAAAAGAAUCUCGGAACCGGCACUAGUGACUGUUUACGUGAAUGGUGGCUGGAGUCCGUGGAGUCCAUGGAGCCAGUGCCGCUGCAACGGCCGCGUGACUGAGGGCCAGCGGCGCACGCGCACUUGCACUGAACCCUACCCGCUGAACGGCGGCGCGCAGUGCCAGGGACAGUCAGUCCAGCGGACGUCCAACUGUGUUGCUUGUCAGAGCGAAGGAUAUUUGGAUAACACACAACAAUUAAUCGCAUUGCCUGGCCGCUGGGGCACCUGGACGGAGUGGUCCGUCUGCGGAGCCGACUGUAGACAGAGUAGGCGAAGGUCCUGCACUGGAGACACUCCGUGCUCUGGUCAACAUGUCCAGCACGCUGACUGCGUGGGAGACUAUUGUGGUGUCCAUGGUGUUGCUGCCUACAGCGACGUGCCUCUGUACAUCGGCAUCGCAGUGGCCGUAGUGGUAUUCCUAGCGGGGGCUGCCGUGGUCUACAAACUGCUACAAAGGAAGACAAGGGAUCAUUCGCUCUACACUAUGACGAGGACUGAUUUCCAACCGGAAAUAUACCCGACAGUGGAGAAACAGUCCUUGUCUUUGGCACCGGACCUGAUGCAGCAUCGACCUCCAAGAUACGAGCAUCCGCAACCCGAUACAAGAGCUGAGCAUCACUACGAUGUACCUCAUCUCACUAAUAGCUACGCGUCUCCGGUGGACCAUCAAAUCACGCCAUGUGCAUCCAGCAAAGGGCAGAGCGACGAUUAUGAUAGCAAACCUUACAGCGAAUCCGAGCAUUCGGUGUCUAGUUGUUUCACCAGUUCUGGCUCCAUGUACGACGCUGCAAAUGAAUCGGUUACUCUUCAACUUGCUGAACUGGUUUCAAAUUCACCAACCUCGCAAUCACUCUCAGUAUCAAACGUUGGAGCGAGAUUGGCAUUGCCAGCUGCUGGCGUGGCACUAUCAGUCCCUGAAAGUGCUCUAAGCAGGGGCAGAAGAGAACAGAUGUACGUAGCCGUUGUAAAGGACGACCGAUACCGACCCAGACUUGGGAAAGGUAUAACGCAGCUGAGUCCAGUAGUAAAAUGUGGACCUCCGCGUCUCCAAUUAAACAAAUCGGUAAUACUGCAGAUCCCUCACUGUGCAAGUCUUAAACACGGGUUCUGGAACCUUUCACUGUAUGCUAUUGAUCAUAACAAUGCAAAGUCUGAUAAUAAUCAGCCACAAUGGAGGAAAGUUGUUGGUCUGGGCCAAGAAACUAUUAAUACUCCAGUCUUUACACAGCUUGACAACGACAAAAUAUAUCUUGUGACAGAUAUGCUGUCUACAUUUGUAUUAGUAGGCGAGAGCUUCAAUGGUAAAGCAGUUAAAGCUUUACAGUUAGCCAUAUAUGCCCCAUCAUCUAUUAAUGAAUCGUGUACAGAGUAUAGUAUUAGGUUAUAUGUAUUUGAAGAUACACCUUGCGCACCAUACUAUUGUCAGGAGCAAGAGAAAAAGCUAGGUGGAGUUUUACUUGAACGUGCUAAGACAUUGUUAUUCCAAGAUGGUGGUUCUAAUUUAUGUUUGAACUUGGAACACGUAAGUCCUGGUUGGAAACCAAAACCAGGUAUAGGCUACCAGGAAAUACCAUUCAACCAUGUUUGGACUUCAAAUUACAACGCUUUGCAUUGCAGUUUUGUUCUGGAAAGGACACACGACUGUGACAAUAUUGAUUUUAAUAUUUCCGCAUGUCAAAGGACCAAUCCCUCCUACAAGCAGACAUUCCGAAUAUCUCUCGAAGAUAUACGUAGUCGAUCGCCGAGAGGGCGCUCCCCUCGUGCCGAAUCUCAACGUAGUUUUAACAUAACUGAGAAUCUUUUAGAGGCUCGAAUGUGCCGGAGCGAAGAGGGGAGCGAUAGUGGUAAACGUAACUUAACCGUGAGCGAAGCGGGAGUCAACGAGUGUGCGGGCGAAGGGUCAUUUAAAUUAAGUGCACGAAUAAAACGGCAGCUAUGCGCUAUAUUGGAUCCACCGAAUGCACGCGGUAACGACUGGCGCGCGCUGGCGGCGAGACUCGGCGUUGAUCGUUAUACAACGUGGUUCGCCACAAAGAGCUCACCCACUGAGGCUAUCUUGGAAUUGUGGGAAUGCAGAGAACGCGGUCCCGGUGCUACAGCUGGCCUAGCUGCAGCUCUUAGGCAAAUGGAUCGACACGAUGCCGCCGACUUACUCCAAGGACGGCCAUCUUGGUUAUGAAUCAUCGACAAGUCAGGUCUUGACUUUAAUUAGCGAUUCACGCUUCGAGCCGGUUACUCGAUAAUUUUCUAUUCAGAAUUGUAAAUUAAAAUGAAUGUGAAAGGUAUAGGCGUAUAAAUUAUGAUGGAUUUAUAUGAAUGAUUUGUUGGUGAAAUAAUGAGUAGUUUAAAUGUUACGUUAGAGAAAGUAUAGUUUCGUAGGCCAACGGCCUAAGGUUUUGUAAAAUCGUCGUAGUAUAUUUUGUAUAGAAUAUUAUCUAUGCUGUAGAUAAGCGAUGGGAAAUAAAUUAUAUUAUAGUAGCAAUAAUAGUGCCUACAAUGUCUUUUAAAGAAACAAUACCAACAUGUUGGUUACGGUUGAUUAUUUUGUUAAUUUUUAUAAAUGUUUGAGUGUUCAUUACAACGUCAAAAAUUUAUUGCUUAAGUUCUCGUUUGGUUGCCUGUUUUUAUUUUCAAUGAACCGCUUGUUUGGAAUUUCGAACUUGUGCCAAAUCUAUGAUGCCACUGCGCUAUUUGGCAAUAAUCUUCAAAAAAUGUUAUAGAUAUUCAACUCAACUAUCGGAGCUUAAUCGUAUUCUUAAAGUAGUUACGUCUUUUUUAUUAUUUAAGAGAAAAGAGGCAUAACCAUUUCAAUUAUAACUCUUCUAGGACUAUUUAAUGUUAGCCAAUAUUAUUAUGAUAACUAUAAUUACUGUUCAUUAAUAAAACUCAAUUACGCUAAAAAUCAAUUAUUCUUAACGCAGAAGUUGUAAUUGAAAAUGGUAACGCCUAACACUUAGAAAGACUUAAGCCAAUUGCAUUUACUGAUCACUAUAAACAUAAUGUUCUGGUGAAUCACUUCAAAACACGUCAUUACUAUCUAAUAAGACAUCAUUUUCUCAUUUUUGAUCAUAAUUUGCUUAAUGACAUGUUUAGAUUACGAUCAAAUAUUGAUAUAAUGCCCUGUCUUAAAAACUGUUAUUUAAUCUGAAGAAUUGCAUUUAUGGGAAUGAAAUUUAAUUGGAAAUACUACAUGCAGAAGUCCUUUCCUAAACGUUCUUAUAUCUACACCUACCUACAGUUCAUGUUAAUGUAACAAAUGCAACUUUGCAAGUCAUAUUAGAUAGUAUAAACUAAAUUAGGUAAAUUUUGCUAGUGUCACCAUUUUUGAUACGACAAAGAAAAUAAUAAUUAUCUCUCAUUAUAAUCUGACAAUAUUGAUACUAUUAAAUUCUAUAGUUUUAUUGUAACAAUCGAUGUCUUAAAUGUCUUAAAGAACCCCGUAAACUUUACCUUGAUAUCAAUGAUAUUAUUGCCUAAACAUCUCUUAACAUUGAUUGCCUCUUCAUUUUCCGCUACAAAAAUCUCGGGUACUCCUUUAAAGAUUUCGAUACUAAACAUGUUUGAUCAACUUUUCGCUUUACGUAACACCCAUCUUGCCACACUAGCUUCUGUAAGCAACUUUACGCAAGAAAGCUUUUGUGUGUCAGUAUUAACAAACUAUAUAAUCCCUGCGUACACAGAAACAGCUAAAGGAUUACAGGUUUAUCAAGAUUAGCAUAUUCAUCCACGGCCACCCAUAGUCACGUGUCGUUCUGAAGUGAUUCACCUUAAUCCUGCAUCGCAUCUUCACAUUUCUGUAUAUAAAGUGCUGUAUAUACUUGUGUCGCAGUUACAACAAGUAGUUAUUAUGUAAUCAUGAUUUUGUAAAUGAUUAUACACCGCCACCGUAGACUAUAUAUAUAUUUUUGUUAACGUGAUGAUUAUUAAAAUAAAUGGAUCUGUGAUACUUAAAAUAAUAUGAAAUAAAUUAUGUUUAACUGUG